AUGGGAGAAGAACCACCUCCAGCCUGUCGCACACCAAUUGAGACGUUCACGCGGCCGACAAUCCGCAGAAGUUCCACCAACAACUACAAAAGCGAGCUCGAAGCAUACACACAUCACGAGACCGACUCGCCCCAGAGACAGCUCGAGAGAAGAAAAUCAGAGGAGUCCACGUACCAGAGAAUGCUGCCGCAGUUCCACCGGCGGCAGAUGUCGCACCACGACGACGCCGACGACGCGGCGUCGGUGAUAUCCAGCCGUAAUUACGAACGGAUGGUGGGGCAAACUACCGACGUGCAGCCGAAACCCUCGUCGGUGCCUCGGCCGCAUGCUUCCAAACAGGAUUCUCCUCCGCAGGAAAGGCCUGGCGAUCCAGAAAGACGGCUCUCGUUCAAGUUCGACGACUACAAGAGUCACAUGCUCCGCAAGAGUCUAGGCGACAACCAGGUUUAG